AUGAUCAACACCAAUGUCACUGUCUUUACUGAAUUCUACCUGCUGGGAUUUCCAGGACUCCAUCCACAGUAUUAUGGAGCUGUGGGAACCCUUUUGUUCUUUGUCUACUUGACACUGGCAGGAGGAAAUAUCUUUAUUAUUUCUUUUAUUUCUUGUGAGAGAAGCCUUCAGAAACCCACCUAUUUAAUCUUCUGUAAUCUUGCUGUGUGUGAUUUUGCUUUUGGAACUGUCACGCUGCCUAAAGCCAUUGCAAAAUAUCUAUUCAAUAUCAACACUACAUCAUUUUAUAGUUGCUUUGUGCAGAUGUUUUUUGUUCAUUACUUAGGGGGUAUUAAUUAUUUUGUUAUACUAUUAGUGGCCAUUGACCGGUUUGUUGCUGUACGUAACCCACUGAGAUACUGUGUCCUUAUUACAAACAAAACUGUUUUCCUUGCAUGUGGGGUGAUUUGGACAAUGUUAAUACCUUUGAUGGCGAUCAUUGUUUAUCAUGCCUUCGAUGAGCCCUACUGUGCUUCUAAUGUAAUAACCCAAAAUUAUUGUGAACGAAAUGCAGUAAUUAAACUCUCUUGUCGAGAUAUAAAGCAGAAAAGGCUUUUUGCUUUUGGAUGGGCCAUGUUUAUUAUUUUGGGCCCUUUGACUGUUAUUAUAUUUUCUUUUAUUGCCAUCUUCACAUCGGUUUUCAAAAUUUCUGACAUUCAGGCCCGAUAUAAAACGUUCUUAACUUGCACUCCACAGCUCCUCAUCGUUUGUCUGUAUUAUCUCCCCAGAUGUGUUGUCUAUACAUUUGAUGUGACAGCUGCAUUCACUCCUGACAUUCGGAUUAUGUUAACUAUGUGGUACAGUCUGCUUCCACCUGUUGUCAAUCCCAUGAUAUACUGCCUCAGAACCAAAGAGAUCAAAGAUGCAUUAAAGAGAAAAAUGAGACACAUGAAGUUAGCAUGCAGAUGA